GCAGUGCGAUGUUGUUUGGGAAAGUUCCGGCUUCCAUUUCUCCCCAUUAUUAUGGGAUUAUGGAGGUCGGACCUGUUCAGAAGAGCUUGGACUUUGCCCUGAGCUUUGCUUGCCUGAAAGCGCAUCGCCAGAGGCUUCUGCGCAAAGUUAGCAACUCUCUUGCAGCCAGACCGAAGGGCUUAGGACCGAGAACAGAGGGCAGGGAGAAAUGCACCGUUCUCUCAAUGGCUCUGUGGGGCUGUUGUAAGAGCCUCCCGAUGGGGAGAGUCGGCUGGAGAUGCUGGUGAAGCUGCUCUUGGGUGCAUCCACGCGGCUCCAGCCCAAACCUGGGCUGCUGCCUCUUCUCCCAAGGCGGGUGUCAACGGGGUCUCUGUCCGGAAUGCCCCUUGCAGAGGGCCAGGCUGACCCCAAAGAGGACACAGAGAAGGAAAAGGAGGCGGCGGAGGAGGAGAGGCCAAUCUCGUGUCUGGACCCCUCGCUGGACCUUGGCCCCGGUGUCUCUGUGACGAGGCUCUCGGCCACGGUCCGCCUCUACCGCCCCCCCUCGGACUCCUCCGGCCGCUCUCCGGCCCCGCUGGUGCUGCUGCUGCCCUGGUUUGGGGCCCCCCCACGAGCGGUGGCCAAGUACCUGUCCCUCUACCUGUCGGGGCGCCGCUGGCCGGUGCUGGUGGCCGAGAGCCGCGUGGGGCACUUCCUGUGGCCGCGGUGGGGGCUGGACUAUGCCGGGCGGCUGCUGGGGCUCCUGCGGGAAGGGGGGCCUCUGGGGGAACACCCCCUCCUCGUCCACGCCUUUUCCAUCGGGGGGUACGUCUUCGCACAGAUGAUGGUGCGCCUCCAAGACGCACCCCAGGACCACCAAGCGGUCAAGCAGCGCAUCCGCGGACUGGUCUAUGACAGCCUGGUGGCCGGCGACCUGGAGGACAUGGCCAGGGGAGUGUCCCAGAUGACCACUGCCUCUCCGACCCUCCAGCCGCUGCUCCGGCGCGGGACGCUGCUCUACUUCCGCCUGUUCAGCCGCUGCACGGUCUCCUACUUCCAGGCGGCGCUGGAGGUCUUCCACCGCCCGCCCCUCCACUGCCCGGCGCUCGUCUUCUUCUGCCACAACGACCCCCUGAGUGACCCCCGGGUCAUGGGCCAGCUGCUGGACUCCUGGCGGGCGGCCGGCAUCGCGGUCCGAGUGCAGGAGUGGCUCGUCUCCCGCCACGCCGGCCACCUGCGCCUUUACCCGCAGGACUACAGCCGGGCCCUGGACGCCUUCCUCCGGGACCUUGACCUGGGGCCGCCGGCGGUCCGAGCAAAGCUGUAGUAGCCAAUGGCCGGAAAGAAGGAAAGGAAGGAAGGGAGGAAGGGCGCCUAUAUUUGACAUUAAAGGAACUCACUGCAUUGGACUCUCAAACAAACAUUUCUAAACAGAGGCUGGAUGGUCAUCUGUCGGGAGGGAUUGCAUUGUGCUUUUCCUUCACAAAGGCAAAAGGGGGUUGGACUAAAUGGCCUCUAAUGGGCUCUUCCAUCUCUUCGAUUCUGUGAAAGGUUGGCUUAUUUCCAUCCCAAUUUAUUUCCAUCCUAAUGACCCAUGGUGAGAACAUGGCCAUACAGCCCAAAAUAUCCAU